CAGCUGUUCGCGUCAAAAAUGUAAACAAACGUUCUGUGAAAAAAAUUGGGCGAAUAAAUGGAAAAUAAUCAAAAUUCCUUCUCCACUUCAAUUGGAGACAUAUCCUGCAUUGAUGAGAGCAAUGCAAUUCUGCCUUUGCUCGAAAAUCAUGAGAGAACGGGUGCUUUUUGCGAUGAUCAGCAACGCCUCAAUUGUAGCCAUUUAUUCGGACGAGAUGUACAGAGUCCGGAUACCAUACUACCCAACAUCUUUGUACAGAUCCCCAUGCAAAGAAAUCAACAAAUGGGCGGAUAUCAGAAUCAAAGCAGCCGGGAAAUUAAGGCUGAGGAACACAUCAAAUCAGAGGUCUUUGAAUUGGGUCUCCGGAAGACCCAAUCGCCCUUUCUGAUGGGGAAUGAGGAACUGGUUACGGCCAGAGUGAAACCUACAAAGAUUCACAAAUGCAAACACUGUCCUUUCAUUACAAUUUCCUCGUCAAAUCUGACCAGUCACUCUGAUACGCACCGAGAUACAUCUCUGGAAGAGACACCACCUCAAUUGCUCUCCUGCCCAGGCUGCUCCAAUACAUUCCGUGCCAAAAAAUCUCUGGAAGUUCAUCUUAUCAAUGACCAUCAGAUUCUUGAGGCAGAACUUGAUAAGAUUUUGGAAUUCGCCAAUCUCCUGAGUCAGACAAAAUCCCCACCAAAUUCCAAUCGUUCGACUCCAAAGACGCGUCCUAGUUGCUCUAGGAUUUUCAUUAAGAGUGUGGAUGUCUUGAGGAAUCCAGUAGACGAGGGAUUCCUUCAAGAAAGCCAAAAUAGAAUCUUCCUGAAGAAUGUCGAUGUUCUGAGGAAUCCUGAACAGAUGGACAUGACUAGUGAAAUUUUGCAGCCACAGGAACAGAUCUGUGAUUCAGUUGGGGAGUUUCAUCUGGAAGGGAAUAAUAAUCCUGGAAUUGUAGUCACUGAGGCUCAAGGAUAUGAAAUAUCCGGCAUUUUUGGUAACGAUUGUACUCCUUCACCUAUUGAUCUUGAUCGAGGUGACUUGAUCGUAAUCACUCCUACUAGUAUGACAGGAUCUGUUCACAGCAAUACUGCUGAUCAAACUGAGAUUAUUACUCAAGAUGAGCCCAAUAAGAUUUUCUUGCGUAAUGCUGAGACAAUGAAAACUGCCACUAGUUCUGAAAAUGGGCAAAACAGUGCUUUUCUGCAUCUGAGAACAGUAGACGAGUUGAAUUUGAUGAACUUGGAAGAUGUGCAGAACAUCAAUCGACAGAAUACAGUGUCCAAUGAUAAUUCUAAACAUUCCAACGAUGAGGUGGUCAUCUUAGAUGAUACUCACAUCUCUGAAAAUCUGUUCAAUAUACCUUCAAUUGCGGAUUCUGGGGAGAAUAGGGAAAAUACACUGUCAUCAACGAUUCAGGAAAUAAUGGCUAAUUAUGCAAUGACUGAGAAAGACUCUUCCAAAAUUGACGAUAGUAAUUCUUUCAAGAACUUUUUGUCCAUCAACGGAGACAAUGGACAUAAUGAAAAUCAAAAUAGUGACUUUUCAAAUUUCCAAGUACUUGAAAAUAUCAUUGAUACUACAAAUUCUGCAAAUUACUACUCUCCUACGAAAAUAAUCCCGUUUGAUGAUGGUACUAAUAAUUUUGCUCAGCAACCCUGCUUCUGUGUCACUGAAAGCUCAUUCCCGGAUGACAUGGGGGAAUCAGAAAAUCGGGAUAUCACACGAGACUUCCAACAAUCUGUGAUUUCAAUUGAUAAUAACGCAGAAAUCAACACGCCAACGCACUCUGUGCAAAUUCCAUCGCCAAUGGAGAUAGAAACUCCACCUCAGGAAGAAGCUAAAUCAACGUCAGAUGAUACAAAAGCACUGGGAAGGAUCUAUGUGGUGAAGAAUCUGCUGGAAGAGUCAAAUGAUAAAGAGAAAAAACCUAGAAAGUCUUCAAAGAAUAUCGGAAGACCCAAAGGUGCCAGGAAAACUGGAAUUACUGAGCUCAAAAAACUCUACAGCAAUAUCACUUCAGAUGAAAUUGGCAUUAAAUGUGAUCAAGAAGAUUGUGCUAUAAGAUUCAGAAAUCCAAACAAUUUGAACUACCAUCGUCAAUGCCAUACAACAGAAAAUUGCGGUAUUGCUUGUCCAGAGUGCAAGAAUACGGACUUUCGCAAUUGGAAUACAUUACAUACGCAUCUAUGGCGUGAACAUCAGAUAGAUAUGGAGUUGUACAGUUGUGAAUUAUGUAAUUUCAAAACUCCCGUCCUUUCUCGCUUGAAGAACACACACGUGAAGAUUCAUUCGGAAGAACGGAACUUUAAAUGUGAAAUUUGCGAAAAGAAGUUCAAAAAUACCAAACAACUUAAAAAUCAUCGUCGGAUUCAUCGUAGUGCCACUGAGCAAUUGCCUGUGAUUAAAUGUGAACUCUGCUCAACUACUGUAAUUACGGGAAGGCAGUAUAAGAGGCACUUAAGAAAUGAGCAUGGAUGUUCUGAUGGUCCUGAUGGCCAUACCUGUGGAGUUUGUGGAAAAGUGAUGAACUCAAUGGCAGCACUGACUGUUCAUAAGAAGAAACAUGAAGAUGGUGAAAAAAUUUCCUGUACAGAAUGUGAUUAUACAACUCAUGAUCACAAUGCUGCCAGGAGGCACAGGAUGAAGCAUGAGAAGGAGAAGCAAUACAAGUGUCCGUUUUGUAGAUACAAAACAAUUCAGAGCACAACUUACAGAAAUCACCUGGUGAAGAUGCAUCCAGCUGAAGCAGAUAAAGUCAUUUUCAAAUGCACAAAGUGUACCUUCGAGACGCUCAAUCAGACAAAACUUCGUCUUCAUGUGGCUAAGCACGAAACAUCCCCGGAAAGGGACCCUCAGAAAUUCUUUACAGAUCAUCUUGGAGAAGAUAUCUUGGAGAUUCUGUCAGAUGCUACAGAACCAUCUGUAACGCCACCCACAAUCAUUCCUGAUGUAGAAACGCUCAAUAUAAUAACUCCUCCACUGCCGAAGCAUAAUAAGAUCAAAGUGAAGAGCAAUCUUGUGCUCAGAGAUCCUUCAAAGUUCAUCAACACCAAUAACUUACUCCUGCAGAAUCUUCAGCCACAUCAGAUGCUACCAACUCCACCAGCUGAUCAAAAUCACCAUCUUCCGCUCAUACGACCAGCUCUAUUUUCCAAGACUUUCUCUGAAAGCGUUGGGGGGAAAAACCUCAAACUUACGGAUUGCCUGGAACAUCCACCGUCAUGCGAUUCACCGCAAUAUCCAAAUAUUGAUUUAACUUAGGGAGACUAUUAGGAAUUUGGGAGAGGACUUUAAAGGUCAGUACUCGACAUUUGUUUUUCUUAUUUUUUUAAGCAAACCAAAGUUAUUUCCGCAAAUUAGCGUAUAAAUCCUUUGUUUCAAAAUUUUGAAUUUCUCUCUGGUUUAAUUUAAAAACAUAAAGCGAAAAGUGUAAAGUCAAUUUAAGAAUUCCUGCGUAAAGCAUAAGUCUUUAAAAAAAAAAACUGGAACUAUUAGACCACAAAAAAUACUCUAGAGUACUCAAAUAACACAGAUUUGAUAUGUUUUUAUAUGAAA